CUUCUGAACGAGCAUUGUUUAUCAUCACAGUAGUAAAUGUGAUCUACGAAGAUAUAAAACAGCAGUCUAGGUAGCAUUCGAGCCGGAUAUGUUUAUUUUUUAUUUCUCAUUUUUUGUUGUUGCAUUGAAUAGGUUAACGUUUGUUGGAAUCGUAUAUAAUAUUAACGAAUAUUAUCGUGGUCAGGACAGACAGGCGACCAGAUGUUGCAAACGGAAGAAACCUUGAUACCGGGAUUACAAAGGUCACACGUUGUGUUUGUGGAUUUGAACAACUGCAAGUCGAAACAUGAGCAAUAUGAAGGACAAAUGGACCAUCAGCCAGCAGAGCUCGGAUAAUAACUCUGUCAGCAGUAGUGAAUGGGACAUGGCAAAUGAUGUUUUCGUGUCCGGCUACGACGAGAACCCGACGGCAGUAGAACCCCGCGCCGGGGGCGGCGGUAGGGAUGAUCCAGUCGGACAACCGCGUUUGGACGGACACCUUGCUCUUUUAGCCCAGGACGGCCUCAUGCUGGGUCUCCCAGAAGACGAAUACGCGAGCCCAUCGUAUCUGGACAUCGACCCACACUACAGCGAAAGUGGCAGCAGCGUGACAAGCAAGAAACCUGUACGUUCCAGCAGCACUAGGCACAGGGGGGAAAUAGUCACGGAGCUGGGCCCGGAGGAGGUCAGGUGGUUUUACAAGGAGGACAAGCGGACGUGGAAGCCGUUUGUGGGACACGACUCUUUAAAAAUCGAGAGCGCCUAUGCAAGGUACAGGCAGCAGCACGCCGACAUGGUCAAACACGACUGUGAACCAGUCGAAUCCAAGGGCAGGGAUGGAGCUACGUCCGGCGAUGUCCAGCCGGUGGACAGCGUAGCUGUGGAAGACUGCCAAAAGCUGUCCCUGUCCGAGGAGAUGAGGGACCCGGACGACAUCAGCACGAACAUGGAGGCAGUUUGUGUCAGAGGGGGCCUCUAUGAAGUGGACAUCAGAGAAAAGGAGUGCUACCCUGUCUACUGGAACCAGCAAGAUCGUAUUCCUGUGAUGAGAGGCCAGUGGUUUAUUGAUGCAACAUGGCUUCCUUUGGAGGAGGAUGAGAGUGACAUGAUUGAGCAAGAGCAUCUUGCCCAUUUCCGGGGUCAACAAAUGUGGGAUACCUAUGAAAUGGAGGUAGUGACCACCACAGUAGACAGCAAAGAUGCUAUUCACAGUUUGAAGCUGAGCCGCAGCCAUGUUGACUGGCAGAGUGUGGAUUUGGUCUACCUGUACAGUGAUGCUACCACAUCGAAGAUUGCACGAACUGUCACUCAGAAACUGGGCUUUUCUAAAGCUUCAAGCAGUGGAACACGUCUCCACCGAGGGUAUGUGGAGGAGGCAGCUCCUGAGGACACCCCACCUGAAACUACCCACAUUGUGUUUGUGGUGCAUGGCAUUGGUCAGAAGAUGGACCAGGGUCGCAUUAUUCGGAACACUAGCAUGAUGAGAGAUGCUGCCAGAAAGAUGGAGGAGAAGCACUUUCCUAGUCGCACCACAGAGCAUGUUGAGUUUCUUCCUGUUGAAUGGCGGUCGAAACUGGCUCUUGAUGGAGACACAGUGGACACCAUCACUCCAGACAAACUGAGAGGUCUCAGAGACAUGUUGAACAGCAGUGCUAUGGACAUCAUGUACUACACUAGCCCGCUUUACAGAGAUGAGAUUACCCGAGGUCUGACUCUUGAGCUGAACCGUCUUUACUCACUUUUCUGCUCGCGAAAUCCAGACUUUGAAAAAAAUGGGAAGGUCUCCAUCGUGUCACACUCCUUAGGCUGUGUCAUCACUUUUGACAUCAUGACCGGUUGGGACCCGGUACGCUUUCAUCAUUUAGAAGUGCUUGAUCCUGAAGAAACUAAGGCCCGCUGGCCAAGUGUGGAAGAGCGCCAUCUUCAGGAGCAACUCAGACUCACACGCCUCAGGUUGAGGGAUUUGGAAGAUCAGUUCCAGGGUCUACAGACCUUGUCUUGUGUUGCAGUUCCGGCAUUGAAAUUCAAGGUGGAGAAUUUCUUCUGCAUGGGCUCACCUCUGGCAGUAUUCUUGGCAUUACGAGGCAUGCGUCCAGGAAGCAAUGUUUUGCAGGACCAUAUUCUCCCCACGUCAAUCUGCAAACGCCUCUUCAACAUAUUCCAUCCCACCGACCCUGUGGCGUACAGAUUGGAACCUCUUAUCUUAAAGCACUACAGUAAUAUUGCACCUGUUCAAAUUCACUGGUACAACACAACCAGCCCCAUGCCAUAUGAUCACAUCCGCCUCACAAUGCUAAACCUUCCCAAGGAAACAACCUCUAUAUCAGACUCUGAAAGCCUUCCCAGCCCCUGUACCUCUCCGCCCCAGGCACGACGUCACUAUGGAGAGUCCAUUACCAGCUUGGGCAAGGCCAGCAUAAUGGGUGCUGCAAGUCUUGGAAAGGGAAUCGGAGGAAUCCUGUUUUCUCGCUUUUCUCGAUCCAGUUGUCUGGUGGGUGGAAUGGAGGAGGAGCCCUCGGAUUUUGAGGAUCGAACUGCAGAAGCGGAAAAUGCAGCAGGAGAGAAGAAAGUUCUCUCUGAAAGUGAUGACAAAGAAAAACUAGUCGAGGAGGAGCGGAGGGAGAUAGAGCAGGCGAUGUCGCAAUCCACUUCAGUAGUCAUGAACCACACCUCCUGGCAACCCCGACUCCCGGAGAAAAGUUCCUUGUGUGUUUUUACACACUUGGCUAAUAAAGUGGAACUGGAAAGACGCAUCGACUUUGAGCUGCGAGAGGGCUUGGUCGAGAGCCGCUAUUGGUCGGCGGUGACGUCACACACAGCCUAUUGGUGCUCUUAUGAUGUGGCGCUUUUCCUCCUUACAUUCAUGUAUAGACCACAGGAGCCUCCUGUAACUGCAGAAGACAGCACAGAUGGCUCAUAAAAAAAUACAUGCACACUAAGGCAUGGCCAGUCAGUUCAUUUUCUAUUUAAAUUUAAAAAGGAAAAUGAUUACAUUCCCUUGUUUAUUUACAGUUUAAUUACAAAAUAUUUACCAAACAAAUUAUUUGUAUUGAUUUUAGAUUGAUGCUAUUUUAUAGACUGAUACUAUUUCUAAAAUGGUAAGUUUUUUUAACAUUACAAAAUAAAUCUACAUUUAUUUUAUACAUCUUAUUUUGAUAUUAUAGAUUUGAGUAUAGACAUGUAAAUGUUCAUUUAUUUAUUUUAAGUUAUAAUAUGGUAUCGCUCAAACAUGAAGUGACUGCUACCAAGUGAAUUUAAACUAAAUUGACACAUAACCACACACACACACACACACACACACACACACACACACACACACACACACCACACACACACACACACACACACACACACACACAUCGGACAUACUGUGCCCAAAGCCUUUUCUUUGGACCAUUUGUCCACAAAUUCCUGCUCAUGAUCUUUUGCAUUAGCAACUGUUUCCUGCACCGAAUCAUUCAUACCUCUGACUGAACUUUUAGUGUUCUGUGUAACAGUAGGAUAGUUUCCAGAUGUGACUGUUGUUGUGAUGAUCCUGUUCUCCCAUAACUUAUCUUACCUGACCAUUGAUCAGUACAAUGCGCAGCUUUGAUAGUGUGAUUAUUUCCCAACAUAAAAUGGCAUGGUAAGAAAUGCCCAGCUCGUAAAAGCUUAAUUUUUGUUGCUUUUCAGGAUUUGUCAGAAGUCAUUUGGAGUGACACAAUGAUUUUUUUUUAUACAAUUGCUUUGUAAGAUCCCACAAAGUGACCAGUUCAUGUUCAAUCUGAGAGAGAUGUACCUUGUUACGAGAAUUAUGCACUCAUGGUAGAUCCAGAGAAAGGCCUCCCUUGUCCUGUUUUUACAACAAUUCACAAUUUCUGCCCUGUUUAUUUGUUCUACCUUUGUGUCUGCAUGUUUGUCAGUGCAGGAUGAAUGGAGAAAUUGGGUUAGUGGGUCAUUUUCAUAAAAUUUGAUCUAUAACAGUUUAGACACAAUUCAAAUUUAGCAUUUUUUCAUUCCACCUUUGUUUUAUCUGGAUAAAAGUCUUCCAUUAUGAAAUAGCCACACCUGAAAGUGCCAUUUAAAAAAAUAGUUGAUGAUUUAAAAACAGUAAGAGUGAAAGCAAUCCCUAUUGAGAGAGGGAAUGUUGCUGGCCCAUAGAAAUACGCUUGUUGAAACAAUAAAGACAAAAGUGCAUUAUGGUAAAUACAAAAAUCCUAAAAAAAUAAACAUGUACCACAAUUUAGAUGUUGCCCUUCAAACUGCAGAUAUAAGUGCAGAAAUGAUUCUAACUACUCAUUAAACCCAUUGCAGUCUUGCUAUAAUUCUGACCCUUUCACAUAUCCAUACAUACUGUAGUCAUUCAUCUAAAAAAAUCCAUCCAUCUUUUACCACUUCUUAGUCAGGUUGGCGUGGUGGGGGCAGCAGCUUACGCAUGGAUUCCCAGACUUUCCUCUCCCCAGCCACUCCAUCCAAAACUUCUGAGGGGAUCUGUGGUGUUCUCAGACAUUCUCUCCACUGUGUUCUGGCUUGUCUUCGGUACCUCCUCUUUAUGGGACAUGCCUGGAACACCUCACCAGGGAGGCAUCAAGGAGGUAUGCUAACAAGGUGUCCAAACCACUUUUCCUGACGCCUGUAGAUGUGAAGGAGGAGUAGCUGGACUGAGUCCUUCCCUAAUGACCAAGCUUCUCGCUCUAAACGAGAGGCCGGACAUCGAUUAUCUGUGAUCUCGUUCUUUCUUUCGUUACGCACAGCUCGUGACCAUAGGUGAAAAUGGAGUGUAUUUGGGAAAACGAACCUUGUUUACUGCAACGGUACAGUACGUAGUAACGGUACAUACGGAGUCCAAAUCAUAGCAGAUGCUGCACAAAUCUGCCUGGAGAUCUCCUGCUCCAUUCUUCCCUCACUCAUGAAGAAGUCUUGAAUAUAUUUGAACUUCUCGAUUUUGGGCUGGAUCUCAUUCCCAACCCAUAGAGAGGACUCCACUCUUUUCCUAUUUAGUACCAUAGUUUCAGAUUUCAAACUGCUGAUUCUCAGUCCAACCGGAGCUGUCAUGAUUAUUUAUCAAAACUGAAGACUGCAGUUUUCAAAUACAUGAUCCUCUGUUGUCUUUGAAAUUGUCAUGGGCAUGGCCUGGCCACUGCCGUGGGCAGAGCUUCCUGUGAGGGGCGUGGCCAGACCACUGUCCUGGGCAGUGCUACCUCUGACAGCUGUCACAGUUGUGUUGCAUUUUGGACACUAAUGGACCAAGUAUUUAAGUGGUAAAUGUGUCAUCAGCAUUUGCCAGUUCGUUGCGGAUGCUUCACUGUAUUCUGGGUUACUCCGCUACUGUGCGUAAGUUGCAAGUUUAGUGUAGCGCAACAGUUUUGUCAGAAUGAGCCUGUGCCACCAUAGUCAAUUCACGUUCAUGUUUCCAAGUUUUGCCUUGUAGCCAUCGGACCUCGUUUCAUGUUUUGGAUCUUGCCUCGAGCCUAGCGUUUUUGUGCCUGUGCCUUCUUGGUCCGCUUAAACUUUGUAUGACCUUAGUUAGGAAUAAAACCACUCUGAACAUGAUGCCUUUGCCCGGAAUCCUGCAUUUGGGUCAGCCCCCAUGCCGCUGGCCCAUGACAGAACGAACUGACCGGAAUAGGACACAGCAGGGAAGAUGAGGCAUCGCUAGCCACGCCGUCGGGCACGCUGGUUGUCUGCCUCCCAGCGCUACCAGCCUGGGGACCAAGCCUCCCCUAUCUGGGUGGAUUCCGUCCCGUUAUCCUCGCUUACCGCGCCAUCUGCACAACCCGGUGUCCUGAUUAUUUUCCGACCACGACCCGCUCACCACCACAUAUUUUGCUGGACUCAGAUUUUCCAGAUUAUGAGGAAGACGUGAAUUUAUAUUGACUGGCUGCCCAAUUCUGACUCAGAGAUUGACUUGGGUUUUUCUCUCUGGUGAUCAGUUACAAUCAGUUUAUUUUGACCCCCCCCCAUGCUUCCAGCCCAUGAGUGCCUUCACCCUGUACGUCCAAACCUUUCUGGGGGACACGUUUGGCCAUCUAUCCGGGCCCUCCGCAUGGCGGCCAGAGGAGACGCCCAAGUAGGGUGGCUCCUUGUGCCUUGCGUUGUUCUCCAACCAAGCCACAGCGGACGAUCGGUUCCGCCCCAUUGACGACCAAGCCACCGCUGACAUCCGUCAUUGCCUCGCCGGCAACUGAACCGCAGCUGAUUUCUGUCAAUGCCUCGCCGGAAACCAAGCCACAACAGACUCCCACUCCCGCCCCAUGGCUACCCGUCCCUUUGGUAAACUCUUUACGGCCUCCCGUCCUGGCAGUGACGACUCCACGGCCGCCCAUCCCGGUGGCGACCUGUUCUUGGCUGCUUCACGUUCGACCCAUCCACAGCUGCCCGCCCCAACAGCGAACCCUCCACGACAGCCAGUCCCGGCAGCGAACCCUCUACGGCCGCCCAUGCUGGCGGAGACAACUCCACAGCCGCCUAUCCCAGCGACGAUGACUCCACGGCUGCCCGUCCUGGCGGCGACCUGUCCUCAGCUGCCUAAAGUUCCUGUUCCGGCGGCGACACGUCCCAAGCCAUCUGAUGACCAUGUCUCGAUGGCGACUGAUCCUCAGCCGCCUGAUGACCACGACCACAACUCAUUGGCGACACAUCCACAGCCGCCCGUCCCGGCGACGAACCCUCCAUGGCCGCCAGUACCGGCGGCGAACCCUCUACGGCCGCCCAUCCCGGCGAUGACAACUCCACGGCCUCCCGUCCCGGCAGCGACCCGUCCUCGGCCACCUCACGUUCCUGUUCCAGCGACCUGUCCAUGGCCGUUUCACAUUCCUGUUCCGUUGGCGACACCUCCCAAGCCGUCUGACGACCAUGUCUCGUGGCGACCGAUCCUCGGCCGCCUUCCGCUCUGUUUCAGCGGCGACCGAUUCCCGGCCGUCUGAUGACCACGCCUUGAUGGUGACCAAUUCUCGGCCGCCUGAUGACCACAUCUUCAUGGUGACCGAUCCUUGGACGCCUUCCACUCCUGUUUUGGCAGUGACCGAUCCAUGGCGAACUUAAACUUGCUUAUCUGCCUAGUAUUCCUUAGCUUAGCUUGCUAACAACGAGACGCGUUUGUGAUCAAUUUGUGGAUGUUGGAAGAAACAUCGAACGUGAGUAACUUCAUAACUUAUACGACGAGAGCCGUGAGAACUCAAGAAAUUUAACAAGUCUUAUCUUAGUAUCCACAUUCGUGCCAUAUCGUUCCCGUUGAAGCUGCUCGGCCCAAGUUAGCCUUACGCGCUAAGAUUAUUACCUACGUAGGGGAUACAACGAGUUCCAAACAUAAAUCGUCAACUUAACCUUGAACUACUAGUGAGGGCCAUUUUGUGGUUUGAAUCCCCUCCAUCCACGUAUCCUUUAAAUUGCCAAUCCUUUAUAUUUUUAACACAGGUAGAAUGUGGUUUGUGUACCUUCUGUGGUGACCAUUUAUUGUGAUUGCUUUCAUUUGACCUUAUCUUUAACAUAGAGUAGCUAGGAUCUAAAUUGUGUAUCUUUUGUGCUAACUUUGUUUAUUUGAUUGCUUCUUUGAUUAUCUGCAGCCCGUUGGGCAGCACAUUGUGCUACCUGUCGGCUGGUCCCAAGCACGAAUAAAUGAAGAAGGUUGCGUCAGGAAGGGCAUCCAGUGUAAAACUGUGCCAAACAAAUAGCGUUCAUAAAACGAAUUCCAUAACAUAAUAGGUCGUGGGUCAGGCUAACUACACCCAUCCCCCCGGCACUGUUAAUCUGCAAAGCGUAGGUAGAAAUUCAGAAAAUGUAGGUCGAAGACAAAAAAAAGACGAGGAAAGCGGCUUAGUCGGCAGAAGAAGAGGGAUCCACAGACCCUACAACUGUGUGUAAGGACUUUCAAUGUUGGGACUAUGACAGGAAAAGCUCAGGGGUUAGUUGACAUCAUGAUUAGGAGAAAGGUUGAAAUAUUGUGCAUCCAAGAGAGCAAGUGGAAAGGGAGUAAGGCUAGAAGUUUAGGUACAAGGUUUAAAUUAUUUUAUCAUGGAGGAGAUGGGAAGAGAAAUGGAGUAGGGGUUACUUUAAAAGAAGAGCUGGCUAAGAAUGUCUUGUAGGUGAAAAGAGUAUCAAAUCGAGUGAUGAGGCUGAAAUUUGAAAUUGAGAGUAUUGUAUAUAAUGUGAUUAGCAGCUAUGCCCCACAGUAGGAUGUGACCUCGAGUUGAAAGUUAAUUUAUGGAAGGAACUAGAUGGAGUAGUCCUGAGCAUCCCAGAGAGAGAGACUUGUGAUUGGUGCAGAUUUCAAUGGACAUGUUGGCGAAGGAAACUGGGGCAAUGAAGAAGUGAUGGGUAAGUGCGGCAUUCAGCAAAGGAACUUUGAGGGGCAGAUAGUGGUGGACUUCGCAAAAAGGAUGGAAUUGGAAGUGGUGAACACUUAUUUGCAGAAGAGAGUGAAACACAGAGUGACCAACAAGAGCGGAAGUAGAAACACACAGGUGGAUUAUAUUUUCUGCAGACAGAGUAAUCUGAAGGAGGUUACCGACUGUAAGGUUGUGGUGGGGGAGAGUGUAUCUCGACAGCAUAGGAUGGUGGUUUGUAGGAUGAGUCUGGUAGUGGGUAGGAAGACUAAGAAGACCAAUUUCGAGCAGAGAAUCAGGUGGUGGAAGUUGAGAAAGGAAGAAUGUUAUGUGGCCUUCCAGAAAGAGGUGAGACAGGCUCCAGAUGGACAGGAAGAGCUCCCAGAAGACUGGAAUACUACUGCCAAGGUAUUCAGAGAGGCAGGUAGGAAAGUACUUGAAGUGUCUUCUGGUAGGAAAGGGGAGAAGGAGACUUGGUGGUGGAACCCAAAAAUACAAGAUGUCAUCCAAGGUAAGAGAUUAGCGAAGAAGAAGUGGGACACGGAGAGGACUGAGGAGAGCCGUAAGAAAUACAUUGUGAUGCAUCAUAAGGCAAAGAUAGAGGUGGCUUAGGCUAAACAAGAGGCAUAUGACAUGUCCUCUCGGUUGGACAUGAAAGAAGGAGAAAUGGAGCUCUACAGGUUGGCCAGACAGAGGGAUAGAGAUGGGAAGGAUGUGCAGCAAGUAAAGGUGAUUAAGAAUAGCAAUGGAAAUAUGUUGACUGGUGCCAGUAGUGUACUAAGUAGAUGGAAAGAGUACUUUGAGAAGUUAAUGGAGAAAAUGGGAGCAAAGUUACAGUAGAAAAGGCAAGCGUGAAUGACUGGGAAGUGGCUUUGAUUCGUAAGAGGGAAGUUAGAAAGGCACUGAACAGAAUUAAAAAUGGAAAGACAGUUGCUCCCGAUGACAUACCAGUGCCGGUAUGGAAGGAAUUUGGUGAGGUGGCUGUGAAGUUUUUGACCAACUUAUUCAAUCAAAUACUAGUGGAAGAGAAGAUGCCAGAAGAAUGGAGCAAAAGUGUGUAAUCCCCAUUUUUAAGAACAAAGGCGAUGUUCGGAACUGUGGAAAUUACAGAGGAAUAAAGAUGAUGAGCCACACGAUGACGUUAUGGGAAAGAGUAGUGGAGGCUAGACUCAUAACAGGAGUAAGUAUCUGCAAGCAACAGUAUGGUUUCAUGCCUAGAAAGAGUCCCACAGAUGCACUAUUUGCCUUGAGGAUGCUCGUGGAAAAGUACAGAGAAGGUCAGAAGGAGCUACAUUGUAUCUUUGUAGACCUAGAGAAAGGCUAUGACAGAGUACCCAACAAGGAACUGUGGUACUGCAUGCGCAAGUCUGGUGUGGCGGAGAAAUAUGUUAGAAGAGUACAGGACAUGUAUGAGGGCCGCAGAACAGCGGUGAGAUGUGCUGUUGGUGUGUCAGAAGAAUUUAAGGUGGAGGUGGGACUGCAUUAGGGUUCCGCACUGACCCUCUUCCUGUUUGCGGUAGUAAUGGUGAGGCUGACAGACAAGGUUAGACUGGAUUCCCCUUGGAGCAUGAUGUUCGCAGAUGAUCUUGUUAUCUGCAGUGAAAACAUGGAAAAGGCGGAGAAACAGUUCAAGAUGGCGGUACGCACUGGAAAGGAGAGGAAUGAAGAUUAGCCGAAGUAAAACAGAAUAUAUGCGCCUGAAUGAGAGGGGUGGACAAGGAAUAGUGAAGCUCCAGGGAGAAGAGAUAUCGAAGGUGGACGACUUCAAAUACUUGGGGUCAAAAAUACAGAGCAAUGGAAAGUGUGGUAAGGAAGUUAAGGAACAGGUCCAACUGGUUGGCGGAAGGUGACUCUAUGUGACAGAAGAGUAUCUGCCAGGAUGAAGGGCAAAGUUUAUAAAACAGUGGUGAGGACGGCCAUGAUGUACGGAUUAGAUGAUGUUCUAACCAUUGAGGUAGCAGAAUUGAAGAUGCUGAGGUUCUCGCUUGCUGUGAAGAAGUUGGAUACGAUUAGAAAUGAGCUCAUAGAGGGACAGUCAAAGUUGGAUGUUUUGGAGACAUGGUGAGAGAGAGCAAACUUCGAUGGUUUGGACAUGUUCAGAGGCGAGAGUGAGUAUGUUGGUAGAAGGGUGCUGAGGAUGGAGCUACCAGGCAAAAGACCAAGAGGAAGACCAAAGAAAAGGUUGAUGGAUGUUGUGAGGGAGGAUAUGAGGACAGUGGGUGUUAGAGAGGAGGAUGCAUGAGAUAGCCGUAGAUGCAAAAAGAUGACACGCUGUGGGGACCCCUAACGGGACAAGCCGAAAGAGAAAGAAGAAGAUUUACAGCCGAGCAGCGGUGCGAGCUCCCCGGCUGAGCAGGCUCCUGGCUCAGCGGGGAGCGAGCUCAGGGCUCCGCCGCUCGGCACAGCUCAGCUUACGGCUCCGCCGCUCGGCGGCAUUAUUUACAGCCACAGGUUCAAAUCUGUAUGGUAGUAUUCCACCGUCUUCCCAAGCGUCCGAGCUGCUCACAGCCAUGGCGCUCACGGCUGUGUAUGUAAGUAUUCCUCCGUCUUCCCGAUCAACCGAGUAGCGGAGAGCCGCUCACGGCUGUGCCGCUCACGGAUGUGUAUGGAAGUAUUCCUCCGUCUUCCUGAUCAACUGAUACUGCUAUUUCUUCAUCAGAUGAGGAUAAAUAUGAGAAAUCAGCGCUGGGCAUAAUAGUAUUCCACGUAAUCGAGCGUUUGGAACAGCAAGUAACAGUGAGAAAAAAAGUGACAUACACCCAUGUAGGUCAUGUCACUCAGGAAAAUGGCAGCACCCCUGAAAAUUUGUAAUUGUCGAUAAAAAUCUUCUCAAAACAUUAUUAACUGAGAGAGGAUUUAACAUCACAUUGUCAAGAUUACAUAUUACAUGACCUAUUAGACACAUUAUUAAUGCAAAACCUGGAUUUCCCCUUUAAAAUGUCACAAUACCAAAAAUUGCUGCUGCUGAUUCCAAUGGUUUGGUCAGCGCUAUACAAUGAAGCUCGAGUGUCCCCUCUAGUGUGCAAGUGACUGAAAAGAAUUGACUGUUACCGACGCAGUAGGUCCCCCUCACCACAUCACCCGAAUGAUUCAAUGGAAAAGCAGAUGCUAGUAGACAUGAUUUCUGUGCCAUUGCAGAAGUUUGCGGAACAAGCUGAGUACAGCGUCCAACUGUCUUAAGGACUCUGACUACAUGUUUUCUGUCAGGGUUUAGUCCUUCUUUUCUCUCAAGAUUCUUGCUGGCAGUCGAGCAAUUUUCCCAUCGCUGGGGGUUUGAUUUGUGAGGCACUAGAGUGUAUCCAGAUGCCGGUGGGCCUGUAUGCCACAUGUCUGGAGGCCAAACCUCCUCUAAGUCCUUGCCAGUUCUGCCUGAGUCCGGGAGGUACUCAGUUGCCCAUCUGAUGGCGCGGUGGAGCUCCUAAAGUAUAGGUCUUGUGGUGGAGAGGUUAUGUACAGGCAGAGAAAGACUUACAGACUCCACUUACACACCCUGUUUCCUGUCCUGCUAUGCCUUUUCCCCACUAUUUUUUAAUAAACCAUAUAAAUUCAUACAUCCUUGGGGACUUGGUUAUUCUUGACGGGGAUGACGGGAUAUGGGUCAUAGCUGCGCCGUGUCCGUCUAGCCUCACUACUCCCCUCUUUUAAUAUCCAUCCAUCCAUCCAUCCAUCCAUCCAUCCAUCCAUCCAUCCAUCCAUCCACGGAGGCAGCUGAUUUAACAAAAACAACUACACUUCCCUCGCCAAAGCCACUAUAGCCAGCUCUUCCGGGGUGAAGCAGAGGCGAUGCUGAAUCAGCUGAGAGACGUAAUUCCUCCAGCAUCUUUUAGGUUAUCCCCGUGGUCUCCUCUUGGUGGGACGUGUCUGAAACACAUCACCAAGGACUCUGGAGGCAUCAAAGUCUGACGCUUCAGCCACCACUUCUUGCUCCUUGAGCAGUGAUGAAAGUCCUCCGUAUAUAGCAGGGUGUUGAAAUACUUAUUUUCUUCACUGUAAUUGACCUUUUGAUAGAUAACAAAUGACAAUAAUUCAAAUAAUCAGCAGUAAAAUGAAUUGGUUUCAAAAGAAAAUCCAUUGAGCCAUGGCUUUUUACUGUUAUUAAUGAAACUAAAUCAAAUGACCCAACUACUAGUAAAACGAGUUCGCCAGACUCGGGAAGGGUACAGUGAUGAAACUGUUACAAAUGUGAAGGCUUAAUCACUGUAUUUAAAUAUAUUUUCCUGCGCUUUUACACUGUCAAAUCAGAUAAAGCAUGUUUUAGAUGUACAUGAUGGCAUACUGGUAAGAGCUGACCUAUUUCCUGAAGGGGAAAAUUGACUUUGUGUUCUCAUCUACUCACAUAAAAUACAGACAAAUAAUAUAGAAAAUGAUUUAGAUGAAUCAUGUUCCUUGUUAUUGUGGGUCUGACAUUGGUUGGCUCACAAUCUUGGUUCUAGUUCAUCUCUAAAUGUAUUUGAUGGGGUCACAGGCAGUGUUGACACAAGUUACCACGAGAAAGUAACGUAAUUACUUUCCUCAUCACCUUAAGUUAAAAGUAAAUUAGUUUACUGAUUACUUGAUUUCAAAAGUAAGUGAGUUAGUUAGAAAAACACACUUUUUGGUUAAGUAUAGGAGCUGUCAGUACAGGAAUAUCAUUUAUCUGCGAAAAGUACAGCACAAAAAGAAAAAAGCAUUAUCUUCACCGUACCCAUUACUUGAUAAUGUACGUGAGAAGUUACAGAAUACCAUAUGAACAAAUCUGUGUAGUUGAAGCCAUAUUAAAUGAGCAACUUAGAGGAGACUUGAUGUGCCAAAGAGCCACCCAAAUUGAAACAAACACACAAUUCUCGGUACACUUUAAAUACACUUAACUGAUAGACUGACAGACACAGACUGUAGCAACCCUGCAGAUUCUGUUGAUGUCCAUGAAGGCAACUGUAUGUGUGUAUAGUGUUCAAUGAACCUAAAUAUUUUCCUCUUAAGAUAAUCUCAAAAUAGUGACUGUAUUUCCAAUUCAUGCCAAUAUAUCAACACUGGCCAUUGUGUUUUCGCUGCUGCCUCUUUGGAUACAUGUGAGUUGAGUAUGUACUGAAAAUGUGCACAUGUCACAUGAUGUCAUUGCCGUAGACUGCUCCUUUUAUAAAUAUUUCACCUUUUUCUAAUAUUGUAGUAAUAAUGAGUCAUUGUGUCCAUUUUAUUUUAGUUAAGAAUAUAUUGUGUUUGUCUCUGUUUUAUUAGUAAUUACUAAAAGGCUAAAAAUUAGUCUCGACUCAUGACAUACUGAAUCAAGUGUCUUAGUUAUUGACUUACCUCAUCUUUCCACGUGCUGUACUUUGUUAAUGAUGAAUAUUUAUUGUCGAAAUAAGAAAAGGAUGUAUUUAUCAAAAGCACAUUAACUUCUCGUGAACUAAAAAUAAAGAUAAAUCUGAGAAAUAUUAAUCUGACUACAGUAAUAAUAAAAAUUCAUAUGUUUGAUUACUGAUGAUGUCACCGGAAAACAUUUUUUGAAGGCGUAACACGUUACCGUCAGUACUCGUCAGUGCUCAAAUUGGUCCAAUCAAGUUCUUCUCGACCAAACUCAUCCAAGUAUGCCUUAUGGACCUUGCUUUGUGCGCACAAUAUUACCAUCUAAUGUCCAAUGAUCACACUUCUAAUUUUGCAUAGGUCGUAUGUAAAAGUGGAGUGGGCAAAUAUUUGAGAAUUGCCAACAAUAUGUUGAUAGGAACAACGUUAACGUCAAUUUAAUCCCUCUCCAACAGUCUUUCUGAUGCAGCAAUAAGGAAUAGUCUGGCCAAAAAAACUCACUAUUGACCAAAAAGAGCAAAACAUCAUGUUCACCAUCAAAAUGAAAAAAAGUAAGUGAAUAAUUUUC